AUGAAUUUAGAUUGUCUACAGCGUCAUCCUUCAAAGCUUUUCUUGACGGAUGGUCUAUUCAUAAGAAAAGGAGUAAAAUCCGAGCCAUUGAAUGACUUGGCAGAGGGUACAGAAUUGCGUCAGAUUGCCUCGGUGUUGAGCAUGAACAAUCGUGUAGCAUUUCCGUUUACAAAUAACAUCUUUUAUACAAUGAACAUCAAAAAGACUGGAAACCCAAUGUGUGUCCGUGUACUAAGCCUUUGCAAAGACGAUGCAGACAUCGCCUUUGCAAAGACGAUGCAGACAUCGGUAACUGUAGGUGUUCGUCUCCAGUCUUUCAGAAAAUUUUCAGCAAGACCUUCGCUGACUACUAAUCUCCCAGCAACUCCACAAUAUAGUCAAUCCUAUAAUGUUACCUUUCAAAUCAAAUGUGGAUCUCUUUGUCUUUUGUUCACCUAUUGUAUCUAUAGUACCAGAGUUUUACACCACCAACUAAUCCUUAGGGACCAGAUAGAGCUAUUCCAUGCCGCCAAAAAGGUCCCGAUUUGUGAUCCCGUUGAAUCAGAAUGUCGCCUCACACCAGGAAAUCUAGCAAAAUCCACAUUGCCCAAAAAGAGACCCAAGAUUUCUAUACCUGACGAUGCUCAAUGGUGCAUGGACAAUUCGAGGCUUCUUACUUUUAGAAAAUUUCUUGAAAAGUUCGAUUGCUUGGACCAACGAGAAUCUGAACAACGAUACAACAAUAUUCUCACAAAAUAUGUGCAUAAUAAAUGCAAGGAACGCGCGAAAAUUGAAUACAACACCUGGACGAAAUCUGCUGAUUAUAAAGUAUUCUGGAACGAUAGAGCUGAAUUGGAUAUCAUAUUGCAAACAAAUAAACAAUCGACCGGGUUUAUUGGACUUGUUACUGGCCAACGGAUGAAAAGUCUGAUGGACAAAGCAAACGCCGUUGCUCAAACAACAACCAGCAAUACCAGUACUCAAGAAAUAGCGAAAGAUGUCACUGAUGAUUCAGAAAAAACCAACAAUGAUGCCAUUCCUGACUCAAACACAAUCAACGACACUACUGAUGAUAUUGAUUCCCACAACAAUGCCGAUGGAAUCUCUUCAUUUGACUUGAAAUCCUGCAUUGAUAGUUCAAGCGAAGUCUGUAAAGACCCUUGGAUUUUCCGCGGCAACAAUAUUACGCGCAUGUUCAAAGAUUAUCAGUCAAUUGUUCAAUCUCUGGUCAGAAAACACGUAGCACUUCCGCUUGAAACAUAUAUCAAUGAAUUGGCAGCAUUGACUCAUAUUUUGGUCCUGAACAAGAAUCAACACAGCUCCAUCGCCAAGAAGGUCUUCUCGGUUGAUUUAUUGGAUUACUUGGCAGUAUCAUUGGUAUCAGAGUCAAUGGAUUACAAUCUCAGCAUGAAUGACCAACAGUACAUGGCCAUGGCAAAAAUAAUCAACCAGCUUAGCCUCUCGAAUACAACAAGGGAAAAGGCUUUUCUUGAACUUACUCUUAUGUCUUCUAGGAUGAAUUAUAGUGAAAGACGUCUUAUUCACGGAAUCACAAAUUUGAUUCAAAAAUUGCCAAACUUGCCAUUGAAAGACAAUAGCAGCAUUAGUGAAAGUGAGCUAUGGAGUACCUAUUUCGAUCCUCUACUAUCUUGCUUGAUAUGUGAUCCGGAAAAGCUUGUUCAUUUACGCUGGACGAAUGCGAUCCCAAGUGAAGGUGGGAAAUUACGACCGGAUGCAAUCAUCUCCAAAAGACAACAAUUGGAGUAUGAAGGCAGUAUCGGGCAUGGUGAAGUCAAGAUAAAUCAGGGCAGCUCAAGCAGAUAUCUUUUAUGCAUGGACACCCUUCGUUUGGCAAUUUUCAACAAAAAUGCUAUUGAUGUAAACAAAUUGGAUGGUGCACUCGCAUUUCAAAUUCAUGUAGCCAACCUCCGUUUCCCUGAAUCGUUUGAAGACCUACCAUCUUUUAUAAGCCUGAAGAACAUCACACUGCUACUUGCUGUGAACGAUGUCUUUUGGCGCCUAUGCAAAAAAUCUGACGACACUGCGACAAUUACUAGUAGGUACAAGGAAACCGUAAACCUAGAGGGAUUGACUGGCACUAGCCAAGAUCCUGUAAAGGUGGACCUUGAUGUGCUAGCUCUCAUACUGAGUCCUGUACGUGAUACUAGAGGGGUUUGGAUGGAAUUUCAGCGUGCUGAUUUCAACAAACGCAUCAAAACAGCCAAAGCAAACGUGCAUGAGCAUAUUGUUCAACAAACCGUUGCUUCGAUGAAACUUACUGCUUCUGAGGUGGUUUAA